CAAUGGUGACUUCGCCCCUAAAUAGAAAGAAAAGCCACCGUGAUUACUACACUACCAUAAUAGCACAAAACGGUAACACGAUGCUUCAAGCCAUCUAUUGAAGAGCAAUGGGACCAAGUAUUAUUUCCAAGUAUUACUUUUGGUAUAAAGGUAGCUUCGGGGCAUAUACGAAAGGGGAUGAAUCUAAGUUCUCUGAUACGCGGAAUUUUUCUCUUUAGCCUUAUGUACCAUAAGCAUGAAUAACUACGGCAGCAUCUUAGCGGCAGCGAUUUUUGUUUUGAUAAAACUCUGUCUUGCUGAUUCUAAUACUACUGCAGAGUUCAAAUCAUUCUGCCAUGAGUUAAGAUUGCCUGAUCCAGACACCCAGUUACUUAUUGAAAAGUUCUCCCGCAUUUCAACUCCUGACGAUGUUCUCGACGUUGCCUGCGCAACAGCCAGAUUUGCCCUUGGACAAGAUCAAGUAGAUACCGCCCCUCUAAAUCAGACCGUAGUCAAUGAAAACUGGUCUCAGACUUGUAUUGCCCAGCCACACUGCAUAAUUCAGCCCAUGGAGGCACAGCAUGUGUCGGCUUCACUCAAAAUCAUUGCCUUCUUCCAGGUGAAAUUUGCAACCCGAAGUGGCGGGCAUUCACCCAACCCAGGAUGGGCCAGUAUCGGAAAUGAAGGUAUUCUCCUUGAUAUGUCUAGAAUGAAUCAAAUUAUACUAUCAGACGAUGGUAAGGUGGUUAAUGUUGGCCCGGGGGCUCGUUGGGGCGAUGUAGUGGCAGCCUUGGACCCCUAUAAUGUCACUGUUGUGGCAGGAAGGGAUCCAACCGUCGGUGUGGCUGGUCUUGUCCUUGGUGGGGGCUAUUCCCAUUUAUCGCCUAAAUAUGGUCUCGUAGCAGACAACGUCAAGAAUUUCGAGGUUGUUAUUGCAGAUGGAACUGUCAUGGAUGCUAAUGCAGACAGAAACAAAGACCUGUUCUGGGCGCUCAAGGGCGGCGGACCAAAUUUUGGAAUUGUUACUAGAUUCGAUCUUGAGACAGUACCCAUUACCAGAAUCUGGUUACAAAUCGCCGUGUAUUCUCCAGACCAAGCCUCAGAGAUUUUAGAGGCCUAUUCCGAAUGGCAAAAUGACGAAAAUUCCGAUCACGAAUCAACGGUUGGCAUCGUUAUUGGACUUGACACCAUCACUUUAGGCCUAGUCUAUUUCGGACCGUUGUCUUCUCCCAACUCGUUCACUCCUUUCUUCGACCUAGAUCCAUUAGAAAUUGCAAUUCCUCCUAUGAAUACAACAUUUGCUUUCCUUAACUCCAUAUUUUCUACGGCUUUUCCAAGCAUUCCCGCACGCCACGAUUUCAGAGCUGUCAGUUCUUACAUCGAUGCCCAGCUCUAUAAAGACGUGUACAGAUUUUGGCUACAAAGCUCUCAAGCUAUACGAGAGACCACAGGAGCCAACCAAACGUUCGUCUUCCAGCAUGUUCCUGCCAGCAUGGUACAACAAGGAAGAAACAAAGGCGGAAACCCCUUGGCUCUAGAAUUAAAACACCAGCAGUGGUGGACAACUACAAUCGAUUGGGAACGUAGUGAAGACGACGAAUUAGUACGGACUGCUUCAAUUGACACGGUAGAGCAGUGGGAGAAACUCUCGCGUCAACGAGGCUUAGACCUUCCAUUCAUAUUUAUGAAUGACGCAUCGCGAGACCAAAAUCCACUUGCAUCGUACGGGUCAGAGAGCGUCGACAGGCUAAAACAAAUAUCACAGAAGUAUGAUCCGAACCAGUUGUUCCAAAAAUUACAGGGCAAUGGUUUCCUACUUUCUAAUCUAUGAAAAGUUAUUAGGUAGCUUUCUCUUUUUUCAUGUAUUAUAGGUAGAGUACGAUCUGGAAUGCAAUGGUAUCUUUUAGAUCUAAGUGUGAGUAGUAAUAUGUUGGCUCAUGUCGUGAGUUAGAUCAUAGUGCCUUAGUUACCUAAGGUAUAUAAUACCUACAUAUAUCAUGAGCUCUAUAUCAUUAGCUCUAUAUCAUUAGCGCGGUCUAUAGACUUAUUGCGCAUUGACCGAGGAAUCGGCUAACCUAGG